CGCGCCUGCGCACUGCGGAGGGCGGCGCGGCGUGGGGCCGCCAUGUCGCCGCGCAAUGGCCGGCGCACCGGCGCGCACCGGGCGCACUCCCUGGCCCGGCAGCUGAAGACGAAGCGGCGCCGCCGCGACCUGGAUGAGAUCCACGGGGACCUGCGGCCCGAGAACGCCGCUCGGCUGCUGCGGCAGGAGCCCGACCCCGACCUGCCGGGCUGCGCCCAGUUCUACUGCCUGCACUGCGCGCGCUACUUUGUGGACCUGACCAGUAUGAAGGAGCACUUCAGGUCCAAGGUGCACAAGAAGAGGCUGAAGCAGCUGCGGGAGGCACCGUACACGCAGGAGGAGGCCGAGCGUGCCGCCGGGAUGGGCUCCUACAUCCCCCCCAAGAAGGUGGAAGUGCAGACCCAGCCGCUGGAGGAAGUCACCGAGAUGGAGACGUCCAGCUGAGCGCCAGGCGGCUCCGUAAAGGCCUCUUUGUCUUCAGCUUUGUGAGAAAAACAUGCCCUGGCCCAGCGUGCCAGCGAGCAGGAGCGCCGCUCCUCCCGGCAUCCCUCGUCGCCGGAGCAUUAACGAGAAGAAGGAGCCAGCAAGACCCCGGGUGCCCUCACUGCGUGUCCUCCUCCUCCUGGGCGAAGCGGCAAGCGCUUGUUCCCGACACGCUGGCGUGACUGUACGCUCGUCUCUUUGUUUUUAAAGCGGUUUUAGGGCCUCUCUCCUUGGGUCAGAGGUUUAUGCCGCUGACUCGCCCAUUAAAAUAUGUCAUCCAA